GCUUACCACCAACAGGAUCGGAUUCGCCUUCAGGGCCCUCCAACUUUAUAUCCGAGCGAUGCAAUAUCUCUACAAUUUUUACUUUUCCACACGUAGACAGAUGGCGCGGCGAUACGUUGCUCUCGUAACCCUUUACGUUUUUCUAACACGUGAGAAUAUUUCUUUCGAUUGCUUUAUAUCGAGCAUUAGCAUUUCGAACCGUACGAGAAGCAAUGUUCCUCGGAUGCCUGUAACAACACGUAUAGGUUAUAUGGUUAUUAUAAACGAGAUAAUGCUAACUCAUACGCAUCGUUAAUCGUUCGACAUACAUACAUACAUACAUACGUAAGAACGAACGACGAACGAACGUACGAACGAACGAACGAACGAACGAGCGUACGUACGCACGUACAUACUUACGCGCAUACUAACUAUACGAUCUUUCUACGUCGCUCGUAUGUCUUUCCAAUCGGACUUAUAAUGAACUUUAACGUACACUCUCUCAACCGAAUUCGAUCGUUCCUUAAUAAUGCAUAUUAACGAAUACAUUAUUAUCGACUCCUCGUAGUCGCGAUCCAUCUAACGCGAUGGAUAACCACGCACCGACUAAUAUCUGCGCCACCUGCUUUCUCAUGGAAGAAUUAAAAUUCGUUGGCAGCAGUGACAUACGUAGAGUACAUACAUAUGUACGCUUCUUUUUUUUUCCCCUUUUUUUCGGACGCUCCGAAACACUACGAACGACUCGUUCUAUUCCUAUUCGAUAUCUUACUUGAAAAAGGACUUUGUAUAAUCGUUAAUCUAAACGAAAUGAUCCGAUCUCAUCCUACGUAUUCUACUCGAUCUCGUCUCGAUCGUAAGGAGUCUCGGGGAUCGAAAGAUACAAAAUCGAUGAUAAAAUCAACGAUCAGGUCGGUCGCGAAAGACGCGAUAUCCGAGUCUGCGACGGCCGGUGGCGAGGAAGUGGUGGUAGUGUGUAGUGGUGGCGAUGGUGGUGGUGGUGGCGGUGGUGGUGCUGGUAGUGGUGGUGGUGGUGGUGGUGGUGGUGGUGGUGGCGGUACUGGUGGUGGUGGUGGUGGUGGUGAUGAUCGUGUUGGCGGUGAACGAGACGACGACAAUGGCAACGACGACGACGAUGACGACGACGACGACGACGACGAUGACGACGAUGACGAUGACGACGAUGACGAUGAGGUCGACGAGAACGACGAGGACGACGAUGACGACGGUGGCGGUGGUGGUGGCGGUGGCGGCGACGGCGGUAGCAGCGGCAACGGCGGCGGCAGCGGACGAAAAAGGGGAGGAGGGUGUAUGCAUGUAAUAAAGAACGUUCACCUGUGUAGUAGAGUAGCGCGAGUUAAAAGAAACGUACGAUUCGGUCAACGAACGAGGAACGUCCUCCUCCCUCUUCCUCCCUCCCUCCCUCUUUCUCCUCCUCAUCCCUCUGCUCUCGUCGCGCGAUCGACCGCCCUUCGUAUCGCGACAUUUUACGACGUAUACCUUGGGAAAUUGAUUCUGAAACGUAAAAUAAUGAAAUCUGACGUAAGGUUACCCCCAUGGGAUUUUGAUUGGGCCGCAUUCAUGUUAAUGCACAAUCAUCGAGCUGAUAAAGAAAGAAAGAGAAAGAAAGAGAGAAAUGGUGUAGCUGAGUAUGUGUGUGUGCGUGUGUGUAUGUGUGUAUGCAUCGGACGCUGCAUAAAAAAGAAACGGAAAAUUCAAACGGACGUUCAUACUUAUGAAGUAAAAAUAAUGGCUGGAGUAUUCGAUAUUGAAUUGCACGAAGGUGAUAGCGUAAAUCAUGAUGAGUCCGAUGACGAUGUUAUUGAGAGCAGAGAGGAAGAAUAUAGUCAUGCCUCAAAUGUAGAUGCAAUGCUGGAAUCUGAAAAUUUAGAAAGAGUACAAUUGUCGGAGCAAAAUGUUAAUCCAGGACAAGAGAAAACAGGUCCUCAGGAUUUUGAAUUAUGUAAAAUCCUUGGCGAGGGCGGAUAUGGAAAAGUUUUCCAAGUUAGGAAAGUUACAGGCCAAGAUAAAGGCAGCAUUUUCGCUAUGAAAGUGUUACGUAAGGCAUCUAUUAUAAGAAACCAAAAAGAUACAGCUCAUACUAAAGCAGAGAGAAAUAUAUUAGAAGCUGUCAAACAUCCAUUCAUUGUUAAUUUAAUGUAUGCUUUUCAAACUGGAGGUAAAUUAUAUUUGAUUUUGGAAUAUUUAUGUGGUGGAGAGCUUUUUACAUAUUUGGAUCGAGAAGGCAUCUUUUUAGAAGAUACAGCAUGUUUUUAUUUAUCCGAGAUUAUACUUGCCCUACAACAUCUUCAUAAUCAAGGAAUUAUAUAUAGAGAUUUAAAACCAGAAAAUAUUUUAUUAGAUGGAGAAGGUCAUGUAAAAUUAACAGAUUUUGGCCUUUGUAAGGAACAUAUACAAGAUGGUACUGUAACUCAUACAUUCUGUGGAACCAUAGAGUACAUGGCUCCUGAGAUCUUGACAAGAAGUGGGCAUGGAAAAGCUGUUGAUUGGUGGAGUUUAGGUGCUUUGAUGUUUGAUAUGCUUACAGGAAUGCCUCCAUUCACUGGAGAUGAUAGAAGAAAAACAAUUGAAAAAAUAUUAAGAGGAAAAUUAUGUCUUCCACAAUAUCUUACACCUGAUGCAAGAGACCUAAUUCGUAAACUAUUAAAGAGGCAAGUUGGUCAAAGAUUAGGAUCUGGACCUGAAGAUGCAGAGCAAAUAAUACAUCAUAAUUUUUUUAAACACAUUAAUUGGGAAGAUGUUAUUUCACGAAAAUUGGAACCUCCUUUUAAACCAUCACUGAAAAGUGCAGAUGAUACUUCUCAAUUUGAUGAACAGUUCACUGCAACCAUUCCAGUAGAUUCACCUGUUGAAAGCACUUUAAGCGAAUCCGCAAAUAUGAUAUUUCAAGGUUUUACAUAUGUAGCGCCAAGCGUUUUAGAAGAAAUGUAUACACAACCAAGAGUUAUAAAUGCUAGGAGUCCACGCAGAGAACUUUUAAGUACUGGUUUCAGUGGUAGUCUUCACAGUCUAUCACCACGGACUCCAGAAACGCACCUUCGUACGCCUUCUCAGUUUCAUCAACUUAGGCAUCAUAUAGUAGGGCACAAUAACAUAGAAGAUACUGAAAUGAUGGACGUUGGUCGACUACCGAAUCAUUUAUAGUGGUCAGUGUUUAAUAAUGCAAACUUAUAAGACAUUAUUGAACUUCUAAAUUAUAUUGCAGAAUUAAUGUUUCUGCUGUGAAAAAUUGGUUAUGCAAUGAUCUGCAUUUGGGCUGCAAAAGUCCAAGAUGCACAUUUAGCUAAUUUUUCAGUUUCUAUAAAUAUAUAUGUGUAUGUAUGUGUAUGUAUAUAUAUAUAUAUAUAUAUAUAUAUAUAUAUAUAUAUAUAUAUAUAUAUGUGAUGGAAAUUAUGAUAAAAUAUUAACUUUUUGCUACAGAGGCAGUAAUGUUAUUAUCUGCUACUCUUAUAGAACAUAUAAUUAUUGAAAUGAUGAAAUAUAAAUUUGAAGUAUAUACAUAUAAUGAAAUAUGUAUUUUACAUAUCACCACAUGUUGGUUUUGUGAUUAUUCUUCAUUUCAAUUAGGAAUAAUAUAUUUACAUGCAUGAAACCAGGUGUGAUGAAAAUGGGGAACUACAUUACAGUAAAAGUUACUCCAAGUGCUCUCUUUCUCUAUCUCUCUCUUUCUCUUUCUCUUUAAUUCUCACUUUCUCUUUAAUUGGUAUAUGGAAUAUGUCAAUAUUAUUAAAUAUUAAUAAUCCAGUAUCAAAAUAAUUAAAAAAAAAAAACCGAAAUAAAAAAUAGAAUCGCAAGAAAAAACAAAAUUUUCAUGCAAAUUACAAUUCUAAUCGAAAUAAAUAUAAAGAAUAAAUAAUCUAGCAAAGAUAAAUAUAAAUCAAAAAAUUAAGAAUGUCCUUCUCUGCAAUGACUUAUGUCUAAAUUAGAUAUUAGACUAGUAUCAAGGAUAAUCUUCAAAAUCAAUGUUUAGUGGGACGUAAAAAACAUGUUUUAAUAUAUAUAAAAUCAAUAUUUCAUCGUGUUAUAAUAAAAUAUAAACUUUGUGCUAUAAGAAUAUUAAUGCUAAUUAUGCUUAAUAACUUCAUAAAAUAUUGUAAAACAGGAGUUAUGCAUCAUAUAUUUUAUGUAGCUGCUCACUGGAUAUUGUUCUGUGAAAUAUGAGAUAAUAAUGUCGUUAAUUAAUGAUACAAUAAUUAUGAACAAAUUAAUUAUUAUUCAAACAGAAUUUUAACUGCCCAAUAUUCAUAGCUGUUGUUCUCAGGUAGUGUUACACAGUUUGAUAUUUAUACUUUAUUCUAUUUAAAAGUAAAAAGGAGGAAAAAAUAAAAAGAAAACAAAUGAAAAAGAAUUUAAUGUAAGUAAACAGAUUGUUAUUAUUAACACUUUCUUGAUAUUAAAUUAAUAAGAAUGAAAUAACACUACUUUGCAAAUACAAUUUAAAUAGUAUUCUUAUCACACUUCUAUGUCAAAAGAUGGAAUAUAUUUGAAAGGUACAAAGUGUAGUAAAUAAACGUAUUUUAUUGUGAAAUAAA